UUUUCACUCCUUUUGGAAAGCAAAGCACAACGGCAAGGCCCGUCACAUUAUCAUCAACACUCCUUCUUUAGCUUCUCAAGCAAGAAAAAAAAACCCAAGCAAACCUUCAAAAUGCGUUUCGCCGCCUCUGUUGCUACCCUCAUUGCCUCCGCGGCUCUCUCUUCUGCCGCCAGCGUCACCUUCUGGACCCUGGACAACGCUCAGCGCACCAUCUACUUCACCUCCAACCCCGGCAGCUCCAACAUCGACUCCGUCAAGGUCGGCGGUGGAAAGAACACCACUGUUACCUUCCCCGAUACCUGGCAGGGCAACUUCUACGCCGUCAAGGAGGGCGCCAACAACGUCCCCGGCAUGCUCGGCGAGAUCAACUUUGGCAGCUGGCACGGCCUGACCUACUUUGACGUCUCCGCCAUUGUCGACCCCAACGACAAGGACAACGUCAAGCAGAUGUUCCCUGCCAAGUCCCUGGAGCCCAUGUCUGGCUGCGUCAACUUCCCUUGCAACAACGCCUACUACCUGCCUGACGACAUCCAGACCAAGGCUACCGAGGAGCAGGAGCUCGUCUGCACCCUUGGCGGUGGCUCCAUCGGCCACACCUUCACCGAGGAGCAGUAAACGGCUGUGCCGGAAGGAUUUCCUUUUCUUUUCUUUUGGCUUUUGACUUUGGGACGCCCAUGGGCCUCCCUUGGUGCUGAGCGCCAGGUCAACUCACGACGCUACGAUGAAAUGCAAAACUUUCAAUGAUACCUCAUCUGGUCCAAGAUGACCGGAGAGACUUAUGGGCAAAUGGGUUACUGGGAACAAGGUUUUGCACGGGGAAAACAAAAGGGACAAACUGGUUGCGAGCACAACCAUUCACUUCUUACAGAACUCUGGUUCUCUUCUUUCCGUCUUGAUGAGAGUAGAGACGCCAGAGGCUGGCACUCCUUUACUACUUUUACCGCUGACCGCGGCACUUCAUACACUCCUUUGACUGGACAAUUCUUCAACUUCUCUUCUUUCCAUUCAUGAAUACCCCCUUUUUUUACUUCAUGGUACAUAUU